AUGAGUCGACUGACCGUGGUGAAGAAGGAAGGAAGGAGGGAAGGACGAAGUAAGGAGGGAAGGAACGAAGAAGAGCUUUGCUCGGCUGCCUUGAUUGUGUGUUGCAGCUUGCUGCCCAUAGUUGAGCCGAUUUUGCAAGGUUUACCGGCCAAAAUCAUCCGUCGCAGUCACUUGCAAAUUGGGCGGUGGAGCUGUGAGAAUGUCAAGAGCGGUAAAGAAGCCGACCGCCCGGGAGAGGCCGACAGGCGCUGGUGCUCGACCAAAUUGCUAGGAAUUUUGAUUUUGGCGAGCUUUCUUUGCUGCUGCACGAAAAUGCGUCAGCUGCGUCUGGUUCCCAGCAAUUCGGCUGCCGAAGCCAACAGUGGAACACAAGCACAUUUUCGCGCUGAGUUGUACAACGGAGACCCGCAUCGCACCGAAACAUGGAACGAUGUCGUGCAUGAGAUGCAGAAGGCCCGCCUCGAGGUGAAGCAAAACCGACUUGGCAUGCAGCAGCGGCAGCCGUGUCGAGUCCGCACAUGUGAAAGGAAGACGAGGAUCGUGCACGGAAGAGCGUACAGCACCGGUCGAGGUCGGUAG